GCCCGCAGUCUCAGUCGUGCCGCCGGACGCCGCUCCCCACCGCCACUCGCUACCUACCCGCUCUCCGCCGUCCCGCGCCGCCGCCAUGCCCGACUACAACGGCGUCUACAAGCUGGUCUCCUCAGAGAACUUUGACGAGUUCCUGAAGGCCAUGGGCCUCAACAUGCUGAUGCGCAAGGCGGCGACGUCCGGCACGCCCACCAUCACCGUCAGCGUCAGCGGCGACCACUGGAAGCUGAAGCAGGACAACAAGGUCCGCUCCAACGAGAUGGAGUUCGACAUCGGCGUGCCGCGCGAGGUCAAGACCAUCACCGGCAAGACGGCCACCACGGUGGUGACCAAACAGGGCGACACGCUGCUGGAGCGCCGCUCCGGCGAGGGCAAACAGCCAGAGGUGGUGCGCCACUUCACCGACUCGCAGCUCACUGUCACCAUGAAACUGGACGGAGUGACCGCCGUCCGGGUCUUCCAGAAACAGUGACGCAGCAGCACCCCCUCCGAUACCCAGGGUCUUCCAGAAACAGUGACGGAGCAGCGCCGCCUCCGAUACCCAGGGUGUUCCGCAAACAGGGACCACCGUCAGACUGUUGGACAAUCAGUGCCCGCCAUCCGGGGGUUGGGGAAGCAGUGACGGACGCUGCGCCCGGCACACUCCGCCAGCGGAUUCAGCAGCGGAUGACUGACGGGCACAGAGGCGCGGGUACUCCGGGAGCUGACGGGCUCAGUGUCGCGGCAACGUCCGUGUCGCGGCCUCCCUGUCCUAACCGAGCGGACCUGGCUCGGUACCCACAGUCGACCGUACGGGCCCUCCGGGGGCAGUGACCAUUCGCCCGCUCCGAGCCAGUGGGGCAGUGACCAUCGGCGUGAUUUGAGUCGGGACCGGCGGCAUUGCUUGGUAAAAGUCUGGCGAAAUCAGCCGUAGCUGAGGUCGUUAUGACACACAGUCAUUGGUGUUCGUACUUCGCAGGGGAAUAACUGUAGUACCUAUUUACUUUUACAUUAUUUAACGUUCCAGCUGAACUCAACUACAUAUGUAGGCAGCUGGGAGGCUGUGGAUCAGUGCUCGGAUGUGCGGAAUGCGGAGACACGAUUAUUGAUGUAUGUUGGAUUCAUGUUAUAUAUGUCUCGUAAAUACAUAGCUACACGUGCCGUAAAUACACAGCUGCACGUGCUAUUGCGUGGACCAUAGCUACACCGUCACAAAACAUGAAACUAGCACUGCAUAUCGAGUACUGAGUAGCGCUAGUCCCGGCAUGUGUUCGCACUGGAGGUUUGUAGCAUUUUACCUUCACACGUGGUAGAUGGUGGAAGCAGAUUCCGUCAAUAGAUUACGGAA